UACAAUCUGGUCAAACAGUCGUUACACACAGCGAAACCAGAACGUCUGGUGUGUCGAGAGAAGGAAGUAGGGGAGAUAACUGAGUUUCUAGAAGGGAAUUUAGAAAAGAAAUCGGCAGGAAGUCUGUAUAUAUCUGGUGCUCCUGGUACUGGAAAAACGGCUGCUUUACUUCAUAUUAUCGAUGAUGUAAAGGAAUCGUACCCUUGUAAAAUAUGUUAUUUAAACUGUAUGAUGGUGAAAGAUUCAGCGACUGUUUUUAAAAAACUCUAUCAAGAAAUAACAGGGAAGGCUUUAACUGGAAAACGUGAUCCAACACGCAGCAUGGAGAAAUGUCUAACGACCAGUAAAUCAAGCAUUAUACUAGUAUUAGAUGAGAUAGACCAACUAGAUAGUAAGAGUCAAGAAGUUUUAUAUACGAUAUUUGAAUGGCCGACCUUGCCUAAUUCUAAAUUAAUCUUGAUAGGUAUAGCCAAUGCAUUAGAUUUAACAGAUAGAAUAUUACCAAGACUUCAAGCUCAACCUAAAUGUAAACCUCAACUAUUAAACUUUGCCCCGUACAGUCGAGAACAGAUAGCUACUGUUAUACAAGACAGGUUAAAAAAGUUAGAAGACUCAGGAAUGUGUGUUAUGGAGGCUAGUGCUAUACAAUUCUGUGCUCGGAAAGUGUCAGCUGUGGCUGGUGAUAUGAGAAAAGCUCUAGACGUCUGUCGGAGGUCUGUAGAAUUAGUAGAGGCAGAAAUCAGAGGUCAGCAAAUUCUCAAAGCUAAAGGUUGUGAUAGUGGUGGAAAUGGCAUCACUAAGAAAAUUGGUGUGAUGCAAAUAUCACGAGUCAUCUCAGAAGUUUACGGCACAGGAGUUAAAACAUCCAAUCAGAAAGAAGAAACAGUUCCGUUACAGCAGAAAUUAGUCACAUGUUCGUUAUUGUUGAUGCUCAAAACUGGGAAAGCCAAAGAGGUUCCAAUGGGAAAGCUUCAUGAAACAUAUCGUAAAUUGUGUGCCAAACGUCAGAUAGCCCCAAUUGACCAGUCUGAAUUCUACAGUUUAUGUGAAUUGUUGGAGUCUAGAGGAUUAAUGGGGCUGAAGAAAGCUAAAGAAGCCAGAUUAGCCAAGGUCAGUUUAAAGUUAGAUGAAAAGGAAUUAGAACAUGCUCUACAGGAUAAAAUACUCAUUUCUACUAUAUUACAAGAGGGAAUUUGA